AUGCGCCUCUUUGUCGUCUUCUUACUAUCAUGCAUCGCGAGAGCUAGCGUCACCGUUUAUUCCCAGGUUCCUCUCGCGAAGCCCACCAUCUCAGUUGGCGCGGAUGGCAACUACACAGGCGCGGCCGCGUACGACCCCGCUGUCCUCCAAGCACCCCCGGUUCCUACUGGCCUACCAACCCAGUUUAACAUCCAGCUCGCUGCACAGUCCUCUGCGGUCAAUGGUCUCUCCAUUCCCCAGAGCGGCGCGUUCAUGGGUUUUUCGAUCGAGUUCAGUGUCAUAUCUUAUGUUUGUGAGCUUGCUCAACGAUCUUAUCUGACUCCGUCUCACAGUAAAUACCUCCAGGUCCCCUUCCUCAACUUGAUGGCCCUCAUCCGCGACCGCGCUGGCGAAGUUCGCAUCCGUAUAGGCGGUAACUCGCAAGAAACCGCGUCGCUCGUGGAUUCCCUCGAUGACGGGAAAAUGAUUGAGAAGCAUGAGGUCAUCUUGAACGAUACUACACAAACGCCGUCGCUUGUCUAUACGUCCGAGGUCUUCUAUACUAUGGGCAACAUCUCAUCCCUUGUCAACGCCAGAUGGUGGUUGGGCAUACCUCUCAACGACACGUCCAAUCUUCGCCUGGGCAUUGCGGAAGUUGGAGAGCAGGUGCUAAGCCCGAACAACUAUCUCUUGGGCUUCCAAGUCGGGAACGAGCCAGAUCUCUACGCUGAUCACGGAAACCGACCCAGCGGCUAUGGGCCACAGAACUACACCAAUGAAGUCGGUAUUGUCAUUGACGCUAUCGACAAUGACAGUCAGAUACAAUUCCGGAACAACCUCGUCGUGCCCAGUAUAUCGACUACCUGGUCCCAGCAGUCCGUGUGGGACACCGGACUCGUUUCCACGUACGACUCGGAAAUUGGUUACCUUGCGGUCGAGUACUACCCAGAUAACAACUGCUACGCGCAAUACGGCAUCGGCUCGCCACGUGUACCACAGGACGUGUUCUCUGACUACCUGAAUCACACCUCGGGCCAGCUCAUCGUUGCGUCCUACCUGAACUCGACGGCCUACGCGCAGCAGAUGGGCAAGCCGUUUCUGAUGUUCGAGACAAACACGGCCUCGUGCGGUGGUUUCCCUGGCGUGAGCCAUAGUUUCGGCGCAUCGCUGUGGGCGCUCGACUACGGGAUGCAGAUGGCGUAUGGGAACUUUUCGGGAGCGUUGUUGCAUGUGGGUGGGCAGGGUGUAUAUUAUAACCCGUUUACUCCGCCUCCUGGGAACCUCUCCGGCCUCGCGCAAUGGACCAUCGGUUCUGUCUUCUACUCCGCGCUCGUUAUGGCCGAAACGCUGGGCCACACGGGCUCCGCGCAGGUGGUCGACCUGAACGCGAACAAUGGCAGCAUAUACACUCCCGCUUACGCUAUCUACGAGAACGGCGCACCCGCACGUGUCCUGCUGCUAAACUACGUCACGGACCCGAGCGGCGCGAGUGACGUCAGCGUUGCGAUCUCAACAGGCGGGAGUGUACCGAGUAGCAUGAUGGUCAAGUACCUCGUGGCGCCGAGUGUUGCGGAGAAGUUUAACAUUACGUGGGCGGGGCAGACCUUCGGCGGCUUCUUCGAAUCCGACGGCCGCCUCCAAGGCGCGCCCUCUCCCUCCACCGCACAAUGCGAUACGAACGCGAACACGUGCACCGUGCGCGUCCCCGCACCCGGCGCCGCGCUCGUGUUUCUGAACUCAGGCAGCGCGCAGCAAGACGCGCUGCCGACCGCGACGCAGACGUACCCGACCACGGCGGCGACCAAGGUGCUCAACACGGUAACGAUCGACCCGAGCGCGCUCGCGACGAGCAACGGCGGCUCCGAGAAGAACCGGCAGCUCGCGUCGACGAGCCAUGGGGAGCUGAAUGGCGGGGUUGUCAGGAGGACGGUGGGAUGGGGAAUCAUGCUUACAGGGUUGGGGGCGGGUGCUUGGGCUGUGUUUUGGUGGUAA